AUGGGCAUUGACACAAUCCAAAGGCUGCACUGGACUCAACGUGUCGCACUCGUCAGACACAAUCUCCAUGCAGCCCGACGAACCAACGACUUCACCUUCUUCAAAACCCUACAAGCGCACGCUCUCAUUGAUGGAACGGAUUACGUGGCAAUUCUCCAUGCAAUCCUCGGUGAUAAUGCCGAUUCAGUCCUCUCGACGCUCGACAAUCUCAACGCCGGAAUCGCAUAUGUGCACCAAGACGCCUUCAAGGCCGUCUACGACGGAGCAAAAUCAACCAUGUACAAGGCCGACAACUCGCCCUCCAGCAGGCGGUCCUUACUACGCGUCGACAUCUGCCAGCAACGAGACAUGGCAGACCACGCCAUCGACAAAACCGCAAACUCGGCCAUCCAACUUAUCCAGGCCCAGCCUCUCCAUUGUCAAGACGCCGUCGCGAAUGCCUGGAUAACAGGCACUACCAUCAUGGCCGACGCGGUGUGUGUCUGCCUGAACCAGAUGGAGAGGGUUGAAGAGGAUAUGGAUGACUUCAUUCGGCUCGAGUACUCCUGGAACAACAUACAAAAUUCCGUGGACGCUGCUGUUUCUGCUCUACGUGGGAUCUUCAGCCUUAUGGAGCGCUCGAGUACACCAAGUGUUCCCAGCAGCACAUCAAGAAAUCUUAGUAUCUCCUCUGCUGCGGGGUCUGAUGGUGGGGCCAGCUUUCGCAGCAGGGCUUCCUCGACGGCGUCUGCAAUCGGACUCAUCAAGAGGGCGUUCAGUGUCAGUCACAGUAAUACGAUGCCGCCUCCUGGCCCUAAGUCCAGUCGGGCCUCUUCCCUGCCCGUACCAGACACAAACUCAAGAGGAUUCCGCACCAGUAUGACUACCGCGUGUCCCACAAGGAUGUCCAACUACCACGACCAUCCGCACACGCUAUUGACUACUAUCCCACCCACCCCUAGCGCGCACGAGACGCCAGUGCCUGAUUCAACAAUGGGACCGUUCAAAGAAAAGAACGACUAUUUCGCUUUCAAUAUGCAGAAGGAAGCCGAAAAGGCCGACGAAGAGAGUUCUCCUCCGGUCGAUCCCAUGCAGCUGGAGAACCUUGAUCCACUGUAUGCGCCACCCGAGGACGAGUUGAUCAAGAUGCCCGUGCCGCUAACUCUUCGAAGGCUUCCGGAAGCGUUUGGCAUGUCUCCGCCGCCUGCCAUCGCAGCCUGACGAGUUCGUGUUGCGCGCUCUCCUGAUUCGGACUUAUUUGAUCUUCAUUUCCUUUUCGGUACGGCAUUUACUGUCUCUACGGCGCUGAAGCAAACACGGCGCAGCAUCGUCAUUCGUAUACACCGGCGAUCCUUCGCCAUGUCUCAGUUUUGACCCGAUGACCUCCUUUGCGCGUCUCCCUAAUUUUUUCCUCUCGUUCGAGUUUGAGUACAUAGGUAUGUAGGUCUGUCAUUUCAGAGGGUUCAAUUCUAAACCCAGUUCUGAGC